GACUAAUAUUCAAGUGUGCGUCUGAUGCGUACGCAAGUCAGGUAUCACAAGCUUACGUUGCUACGUCAGCUGAGCUGCCCAGAGAACAGGAAGCAGAUCGUUUAGUUGCUGUUGGAGUGUUGGUCAGUGCUAGCUCAACAACCACUAGUAGCUGAUCCUAGAAUGCCGCUAUGGAGGAGCGGAAACUGAAACGAAAGAGUCCCAGACCAUCCACAAACCAGCCAGCCCAACCGCCCACCACCCGAAAGAGUUCAUCUUCGGGCCGACACCUCGGCUUCAACAACAUGGGCACUCACUCGAGCCAGAAGUCAAGGAGCCGGAGGGUUGGGAGGGACAAGGCCAGGGCACAGCAGCAGGGCGCAGGAGCCAGGACGGGGCAGGGCCAGACGGCCCCCAUCAUCCAGCACUCCUUCCUGACUGACGUGUCGGACGUACAGGAGAUGGAGAAGGGCCUUCUGAGUCUCCUCAACGACUUUCACUCAGGCAAACUGCAGGCCUUCGGUAAUGAGUGCUCCAUCGACCAGAUGGAGCAGGUGAGGGAGAUGCAGGAGAAGUUGGCCCGUUUGCACUUUGACCUGUAUGGAGAGGUGGAUGAGAUGCCAGAGGAGCAGCAGAAGACUGCUUCUGACACCAACAUGGACAAACUACUGCUCAAUCUAGAGGAUCUUAGUACAUCAAUUCAGAAACUCAACCUAGCAGACAGCCAGGAUGUCCCAAAGGGUGCCAGCGUCUGAGUUUCCAGUCUCCUGUUCCAAUUUCCUCUCCUGCAAUUUGUACUGAAAUGACAGCAUUUACAGCACUUGCACAUACACACACUCUCUCUCUCUCUCUCGCUCUCUCACACACACACACACACACACACACACACACACACACACACACACACACACACACACACACACACACACACACACACACACACACACACACACACACACACACACACACACACACACACACACACAGACAGACAGACAGACAGACAGACUAAACCACAGGUCUUCUUCUUGAAGGACUCAAUAACCAGCAUUAAGGUUAAACCACUAUGGACAGCAUGUGACUUAUCACUCUUACUAUGUGGUGGAGUCAUUGAUGUAUUAAAUAAUUCAUUAAUUAAGGGUCAGUUGAGUUGAGGGACGUGCCCCAAUAGGUAACACAAGCUGUACUCAUAUCUUGCUUGGUCACCUUGCAUUUAAUGAUGCAGCUCAAGGCCAAUCUAUGAAUUUCAUUUUUGUUCACUGUCUUGUAUUAGCAGAUAUACUGUACCUUUCUGGUCUCUGGUGUUAUGCAUAUCCAGUAUUGAAUUUGGUUACUGAUGUGGUUCAUGGGAAGUGAUAUUCUUGGGGAUAUCAAGCUCAUAAUCAAGGAGGUGGGGGAGAUGGGUGGUCAUUCCAGUGACCUCACACUCUGUCAUGUUUAGCAAUGCUUUUUACAGAGUUCCAAAUAGUCUCCUAGCCUGUGCCACCUACAUAUCUUAAUGCAUCUGAGGAGAACAGGAGUAGACUUGCACGAUACAGCUCCUGGGAGAUACUGUUGGUAUCUUACAGGUCACACCUUUUUCUAUCCUUUCAGAUUUACAAAGUUGGGAGGCUAGGAGUGUUGGGAGACAGUUUGUGCCUUUGUUUCAACCAGAGAUGGCUUCACUUUAAUCUACAGUAAUAUAAUGUAUUAAGUACAUUGAAUAGCGCACAUCCUUUUAUUGUUUUUGCGACACUGCACAUAUCCACAAGUAUAGAGGCUUACUAAACUCCCCUAAAUGUGGAUGUCUCAUGCCUUAUUUUAGUUAAAUGAUCAUUUUGGAAUCAACAGAAUUCAAUAUAUAUAUAUAUAUAUAUGAUAUAAUAUAAUAUAUAUAAAUGUAGGCUAUAGAUGCCAGUUUCAUAAUAUAGCCUACAGAUGCAAUACAGAUGACUUAUGCGUGAAAUAUAAUCGUUGUGAUUUGAUUUGUGUGAGGUUAUUGAUUGUAACAACAUUGCUGUGUUUUGUAUUUCAUUUUUGGUGAUAUAAUAAAAAGGUAAUUCUAGCAAAGUUACAA